AUGCCUGGAGCCUCAUGGAUGUCACGCGAACAGUUGGCUUGGCUGUCAGAGAAGAUGGAUGGGUUUCGAUUGAGCCAGCUGCAGGGCAAUGUUUCUACAUACUUGUCCGAGGACACCAUCUUAAGCAGUGCAAGGCUCAACUACGUUUCAUACUUCUACCGCAACACCUCAGCCGCAGGGCGUGCCCGAGUCACGCAAUUCACCAAAACUAUCACGAAGUUGAUGGGCUCCUCUACCGAGCGCACACAUGGGCCAACCGCCAUUGAGCACUUUCUUCAUACCGAGUAUCAGUCUGGGUCCUCGGUCAAAGAAGACAUUGAGUCUCACUUGAAGAGUGGCAAAUACACCCGACAGAAUUGCAUGUCGAGACUUCGCGCAGAAGCAGCCAAGGCAAUGACUGCUCGUGGACAAGAAUACAUGAGGAAAAUGGAGUUGGAGGCAAAAAUGGAGUGUGAACGCCGUGCUGAGAAGGCAAAGACUGAGCUUGAGGCUCUAUGCAAUCCUGACGAGUCAGCGCAUGCCUUGGUGCCAGUGGUUGGCCAGCUUCUACAGACUAUCCAAGAAACUACUGGCUGGUAUGAGAGUAUUUACCUUGGAGGACCAGACCCACGUGUGGCCGGGGAUGUUCGUGUUUUCAGCUUCCACCAUGGGAAGGGGUCUACUGGUCUCAGAUUUUGCGAAGCACUUCCAGAUCACCACACACGCAUGGUUGAACCAUUUACCACGUUCCUAAAGGGCGCCUUUGCUACCCAACGUCACACACCCAAUCAAUGGUCAAAGACCACUCCAUUAUCAAUCCGCACUCAGCAGCUGUCACACAGUAUCCCCAUGCUUCCUCCACAGCACACAGUGUACUUCCUAACUGAGAUCCACCAACCCCCCCAAGAUCAGUCAUUCGACAACUCCCUGGGGCUCUUUGGCACCCCGCUGGAACCAUUUGUGAUGUCCGAUGACACACUUUAUGAAGGUAAUGCUGGGGCAGGGGCUGAGCCUUUCAUGAUGUCUGAUGACACACUUUACACGAUCACACCAGAAGACAAUGAUGACUCGUGGCAAACAUCACUCCCGAGGCUGCCUCCUUAUCCCGGUCAACUUCCACUUCUUACUCCUCCUCAUCUUCGUGGCCCUAUAGCUCGUCUUGAAUCAGGUAACGUGAACAAGACAACUCGUCCUCAUCCUCGGCUGUACGCUGGUAAAUCAAAUUCUAUCUACGAUAAGUUUCGUGAUUCUCCCCCAUCAUCUCCUGUGCCUUCUCUGGCCACUCAAAUACCUUCUCUGGCUGAAGUCAUGCCUCCGUCACCUCCAGCAGCACUUGUUUUGCCCCCUGCUGCUUCCUCUCUACCAGCCGUGCCUGUGACACCCUCUGAGACUCCUGCUGCAGGCUUCUUCACCUGCUGCUAUGCAGCCGCUGGACCCAGGCGACUCCAUCUCUUCCUGCUGUCUCUUCCUGCCACACUAACCAUGUCUCCUGCAACUCCACCUCUUCCUGCCACUCUAACCACAUCUCCUGCAACUCCAGCUCUUCCUGCCAUGCUAACCACAGCUCCUAGCUUCCAAGGCUUCUCCGACACCAGUGCCUGUCGCAUCUUCACCUCUUUCGGACACACAUGCCAUCAACACAUCUGGCAGAGGCCAAUAGGAUUGGCACUCACAAAAGGGCACGAAAGCCACGCAAGUCAGCUUCAUGAGCAGCAGAAACCAACUUUCACCCGCUGA